GGAGUGACCAUUGCUGCACAAACAGUUUAAACUCUGUAGCUUUGCUGUGACUUAGUGGUUCCCUCUGUUAAAGAAGGAUCUCGGGAUAUUGGUGUUGGUAGCACUGAGAACACAUGAGCCGCCACUCUUCUCUUAGGAAACGCAACCAACUCCUCACGUCACGGAGGCCCAGCAUGAAUGUUAACUGUGCUGGUGGGACAGACUGGUCAAGAAAUCUGGACUCCAGUCGCUCUGUGGAAAACGUAACUGUAGCAGUCCAUGAGUCAGAAGAAAGUAAUGUGGUGCUAGGAGGUCACAGCCCUGCUGCAGUUCCCAGGACUGAGGGUUUAGAUUCUGAAUGCCGACACACUGCUUGUCCAAUAAGUCCCCAGAUUAGUAGCAUGUUGUCUGCUCCUGAAGACACACACAACUGUCAUUUCCAAGAUGGAAAUAAGAGACAGUCAGAAUAUUUUAAUACCCAGGAACGCCAUGGAUGCUGCACUUUGUCUUCAAGCAGCAAUUCGCAAACAGUGGCUCCAGAGAAAGUGACGCUUGUGGUAGACGGCACUCGCUUUGCAGUGAAUCCACAGAUUUUCACUGCUCACCCUGAUACUAUGCUGGGAAGAAUGUUUGGACCAGGAAGAGAAUAUAAUUUCACCAGGCCAAAUGAAAAGGGAGAAUAUGAAAUUGCAGAAGGAAUUAGCUCAGCUGUGUUCCGGACUGUGCUGGAUUAUUACAAAACUGGAAUCAUUAACUGCCCUGAUGGGAUUUCCAUCCCAGACCUUCGAGACACAUGUGAUUACCUCUGCAUAAACUUUGAUUUCAACACAAUCAAAUGUCAAGAUUUAAGUGCUCUGUUACAUGAGCUCUCCAAUGAUGGUGCUCACAAGCAGUUUGAUAGCUACCUGGAGGAGCUAAUUCUGCCUAUAAUGGUGGAUAGUGCAAGGAAAGGGGAACGUGAAUGCCAUAUUGUCGUGCUGACAGAUGAAGACACCGUGGACUGGGAUGAAGACCAUCCACCUCCAAUGGGAGAGGAGUACUCGCAAAUCCUUUACAGUUCCAAGCUGUACAGAUUCUUCAAGUACAUUGAGAACCGGGAUGUUGCAAAAGCUGUGUUAAAGGAACGGGGCCUGAAAAAUAUUCGCAUUGGCAUUGAAGGAUAUCCCACCUGUAAAGAGAAGGUGAAGAGGAGGCCUGGUGGCCGGUCAGAAGUGAUAUACAACUAUGUUCAACGGCCAUUCAUCCAGAUGUCAUGGGAGAAGGAAGAGGGCAAAAGCCGUCAUGUUGAUUUCCAGUGUGUUCGGAGCAAAUCUCUAACAAACCUAGUCACUGUGGGUGAUGACGUUUCAGAGGACCAUGAGGUUAUAAUGCAUCACCCCCCACAAGUAGAUGAACUCGACAGGCUAAAUGCACCGUUCUCCCAAAUGGCUGUUAAUGAUCUUCCAGAUUAGUUGUGGCUCAGGCUGAAUAGUCCUGCUUGAUGUUGGAACAUCUCAGCAUAGUUUCAUCCCAGGUGAUGGAACACAGACUCCUGCAAGGUGCUUUAUCCUCGUUCAUGCUCUUACUACAUUGUCAUAUUGCAAGCAUGUUAAUAAAAAGCCACGCUCCAUAGCCUAAUUGUGCAAUCAAAAGCAACAUCUCAAACAAAAAGAAAUUGUGCUGUUUGUUUCUACUACAAAGGCUUCCAGAUUGGUGGGUGCUGAAUAUUUUACCUAAACUUCUAAAAGAGGAGCAGAAGUAUUUAGAAACGUCUUGUUUGACAUCAGAGGAAAUUCUGGGCCUGUCAAGACAAAGUUUUCCUUUACCAAUAGGCACUUAGCUUGCUUUUGUGAUAAUCAGUUACAAAGGACUGAACAUCAAAGCAGGACAGAUGAUACUCUUUCAUCAACCAGCAGAAAUGUAGCACAGUUGUGACAGCAAAAUCCUGAGUGUGGAGGAAUGACAGCAAAAUCCAGAAUGUGGAGGAAUCUGUUUAUACUGCCACCUGGCUUUGCAUCCAGCAUGUUGUACUGCUGUUCUAGGGAAGGAUGAAUUAGUUCAAUAGGAGGCGUAUGCCUGUUCACAGGAAUUUCCCAUAUAUACUUCUCCAUAGGGUGGAAUUACUGUUUUUAGAGAUAUUGUCUGUUAAGUUCAGUAAAAUGAGUAGAUCAUGGUGGAGGAAAAAGCAAAAAAGAAGAGACACUAGUUGAUAUUUUACCAACAAAGUAAAUCUGUUUGGUAGCUUAUUAGAUUUAAGAAGCUUUCUAGAGGUGACUGUGCAUGCUAAAGACUUUCAGUUGUCUCCUCCAUCCCCCUGCUAAGACAAAAGCCAGUGGAGGAGCUCCCAGUACACAUAGUCUACUACCUGAGUGAAAUGCUUGGUAUCAUGAGUCUUAGUCAGUCAAAAUUUCUGUAGACUUGCCAAGGAGCACUCUACUGUUGCAGUUGUAAAUGGCCAGCUAUUUUCUUCCCAUUUUGGAACAGACUGGACCAUUUUGCUGUCAGGCAGGUAAGAAAUACCAAUAGUAAACCAGCCUUCUGUAGAAAAAAAUACACAUACCUGGGAACAACUCUCCUUUGCUGCUCUGAAUAUAUUAUCCUAAUCUGUGGUUAAGGCUCUGUUCAUUUUGGAUUCAGGGCCAACAAAGCUGUGACUGUAAGUGUAGACACACUCCAGGCUGGUUGAGCUCAGUUAGUUAUAUUAGAGCCUAGCUGGUCCUGUUCCUGCAGCGUGGAGUUACGUGUAGGCUUGCUUAACCCCCUGAUUAGCACACAGUGAGUUCAGUACUGCCACAACCAAGCUGCUACACCAGCCAGAACGGGCCUGCCUUACAAAGCCAUCAUUUCUGAUGGCUCUGUAUAGAUUUUACGUACACAAAGCAGAGUACCUAAACGUUGUGCUGGUGCAAAGAAAAGCUGAAACCUAUUCAAAAAGAAAGAGGGAGAGAACUCCCUUGCAAAGUUGUUAAGUUCGGGUCAGUUCUGCUCUUGCAGUUGACUGCUGUUGAAACCUGUAACACGCAUUGAGUUACUUGGUCAUACCUGGCAAAAUAGAGGUAGGAAUCAGUCUACGCCUAGAAGGUUUAAUCCUUUGUUGUCAGGAUUGCAUCAUCAAGCAAAUCUCUAUUAUUCUCCAUCUGUCUGCAAAGUGUAUGGAAGACUUAACAUUGAAGAUUGCUGUUACUGUUUUGCUGCUAAGGGGGGGGGGGGGGUUCUAAGUGUAAGUAACAUGACAAUAUCAAUCACAAAUUUUCUUGCAGGUUUUGAGUGUCAUUUUAGUGAAGAGUAAAAAAAUCUCUGCCAAGGCAUAUACUUGCCGAUAUAUUUAGUUCCCAUUUGUAUGGAUACAUGUUCCAUUAUUUGCAGUCUUUCUGUUCUUAGCUUCUUUCCUAAGUACAGCAAAUAGAUUUCUUCUUUUUAUAAGUGCCUAUGGGAAGAUUUCCAAAAGUGCUUCAGGACCUCCUGAGAGUCCCAGGGGUUCAGAUGCCCAGGUCCACCUGACUACUUUUGAAAAAUCCUCCCUGUGUGUCAUUGGAUCAGUAUAGAGAAGUGUCCUUCAGUAUCUGCACAGAGAUAGUGUGCAAUCACUUUCCAUUACUGCUCUAGAUGAAUUUCUAUUUUUAUAGUAGAGAAAGGAAUACAUACGGACCAUUAACCUUCCAGCUAAGGGCCAGACCAAACCCAUUACCUGCCUUGGUAACGAGCUGUUCCUGUAAGUCAAGCAAAGGCACUGGUGAGACUGUCUGUCCAGCAAUGAUGGAGCUUGUCCCCAGGCCCUCUGGAAUUUUUUUGUGUAUUUAUUUUUACAGCAGUGUAAGUUUUAAGUAAAAGUGUGUUGGUAUUGACCAGCUGACUUGGAAUUGGACUUUACACAUGUUCUGCUCUAAGGACCUGAAAUGUGCAUGUUGUUGAGCGCUACCCUACAGGACUGUGUCAAGGCAUCGGAUGCCAAGCAUCUGACUUCAGUGGCACCUUAUGGGAUCUGACAGCUAAGUACCAUAUUCAGCCAAAACAAAUGCCACCGUUGUCUGUCCCUGAGCUCAGUGUUAGCUAGGCCUCUUGAAGGAUUUGGCCAGUUUAUUAGAAAUAGUGAUUGCAGACAGUCAACUGCAACAGGCUGUUGCCUGAGAGCUAAAGACUGUCGAUGACUUGUAGGAGCUUGUUGGUACUCUGUGUAAUCAGUUGGACCUUCAGCAUGGGAUGGAGGUAUCCAGCUUCUAUGAUUUCCAUGCAGUUUUACCACUCUAAAAAGCCCACUGUAGUUUAUUGGCUUUCACAAGUAAUUAAAGAUAAAUUUAUUUUUUUUUUUUAGUAGACUGAGUUCCACUGGAACACUAAACCAAAUUGAAAAAGUACGCAUCUGCUUUUCGUCCUUCUCUCAUGGUCACCUACUUCAGUGUUGGUGAACAGCUGUAAUAGGAAGCAGGCUUACAGUGCAACUGUGAUACAAACUUACUGCUGGAAAGGUGCGUCCAAGAGGACUAUCUUCAAAAGACAUCCAAAUUCUACUGAAAGACAACAGGAAUGAGGUACCCAACUGCUCCUUGUGCCUUUGAAAAACUUCACCUUUAACUCAAAAAAUGAACAAUCUGAGGUUUCAGAAGACUUUAAAACACAUGUACUAAAAAUGCACAAUACAUAUUACUAUAUAGGGUUUGUGGGUUUUUUUCACAGCAAGUUAUCACAACUUUUAAUUGUUUAGCUUCUUCAUCUUUGGUAUUUAUAAAUAAAAAUGCCAGUCCCUUUUAGUAAAGGGCUAAUAAUGCAGCUACUAUCCCAAAAUCAUUUAUUCCUAAUCCACAGCAGCUUUAAAGGAUUUUGAUAUUUUUAUUUUUUAAGGCAGUAACUAAGCUGUUAGGAAUUUUAAAAAAAAUGUUUUUAUGUUAAUGCCUCUUAGUUUUUCAAUGGUUUCUAAGGCAACUUUUUCAAAUGGCUAGAAGAAACUGCAGGAUAAGGAGAUGGAGCAAUUUGAGAAGUUGGUAUCAGUCCUUCAUAAAAAAGUAAAAAGGGAGCAGAAGGUGUUAUUAGUGACUAGCUGAUAAAAAGCCUGAUCCUAUAAAUCAUUAGUUCAGUUAGCCCUUAUUCAUCUGAGUAAGCCCUACUGACUACAGUGAUCCUGGUACCUCUAAUUAAGGCUAUUUUUGCAUUUCAGCUUUGUAGGAUCCAGCUGGUAUCUAAACUGCUUAUGGCAAUUCAUUAAACUCCUAGGACACAUACAAAAAGCACAAGGGGUGGUUAGGGAGAGGAUGCUAACAAGUUAUCACCCAGUUUUAGCUAUAUACGGUACUUUUAAUACCCUAAUCAGUCCAUGAUGGCACUCAAUUCAAAAGACAUCUAGGUAAAAAUUCCCUAAAAGCACCUAUUAAAAAAAAAAAAGUUUCACUACAAACCCAUUUUCUUUCGUUUCCUAAUCUAGAAAGUUAGGACUAGAUAUAAUUGAAAGCCUUCCUUUUACUGUGAAACACUGCUCUAGCUUUGUUUCUAAACAGGUGGGGGGGGGGGUCUGUACUAUAUAGUUAGUGUUCAGCACCAAUAAAAGUUUGCAAGAACCCAAGACAGUUCCAAUUGAUACAUAUUUUUAGAAACCUCAUUAAAUUUAUAUUCUAAAAAACCCCAUUUAAUUGCAAAUUAAAAACUGGAACCAGGCAGGCCCAAAGGUUGAUGCUACCUGCCCAUGGAAGUGCAGAGUUAACUACAAAACACGUGCCAAGUCGAGCUCAUGAUUAUAAAAAGGAAUUAGCAAAAGCUCAUCUGAGGCAGAAUCCUCCUUCCCAAAAUGCAGUCAUGUUCUGAGAGAUACUUAGGCAAGGAAAGGCACUUUGGGGCUCUGCUGGAGAGCAACCUGAUCAUAACUGAAUGUACUUUUAUAAAUUACACUAGUCAAUAAUCAAUGAGUGGACGUGGUGGGUCCCACUGCCCCAAAAGUGACCCCACGAGGCACUGUCUUUUCAGAAGACUACAGGGACAGAUGGUUCAGCCAUGACAGCAAGAGGAGCUCUGUAAGGAAAACCCAGGGAGGCCUCAGCAACAUCAGCAACACUCAGAAGAAUCUGAUACUGUUCUGCUCAAAAUCAAGAUCAAAGAGGCCACGGAAGAUGGUUUUGUCUUUAAACCGAUGGAGAUGCAGCAGAUCUUAGAAGUGGCCAAAAGAUGGCAGCAGCAGGAACGGGAAGCCUCAUGGCUGACCCAGCUGUACACAAGAUGCCCACCAAGGAUCAGGUUAAAUAAUUUCCCUCCCUCUCUGCUCUAACUCCAGAUCCACUUGUGUUACCAGUUGUAGUUUUUAUUAUCUGCAUUGUUUACGGAUCCAUCUUUUCAUACAGUAACUGAAAACUGUUGGCGCUUGGUGGAGGGAGUGGCCCAUUUCUCCUAUCACUGUCUAGAAAAG